UUCUAAAUCUGAAAUUCAGCAUAUUAAGGCUUAGUUAAUACUAAAGUGGAGGUGUGUGCCGCUUUAGAAGUUGUUAUAGGCUGUAAACAAUUGGAGUAUUUCCCUAGUAGUUUCACCUUAGUGCCAACCAAGAUUAAAUGCGCUUAACUUUGGGAUUUAAAUAUGAAACGGUAUAUUCACCUUUGUAUACCAAUAACAAAUAUACUGUAUUUUUUUUGCUAUUUAUAUUUGCAUAUUUAUAGAAAUAUGAUGGAAACGUAAUUUAUACUAUGGAUAUUUAUAUAAAUUUUGUAAAAAUUUAAAUAAUGUUAUUUCAAAAUGAACAAAAUAUCUAUGGAUAGGCCAUUUAAAUUGAUUGAAUGUUAUAUGAAAUCGUAGAAUAUAUAUUUCAUAGAUACCUGUCAGCAAUUGUGUAGCUAAAAGGAUUUAUCCCGAUAAAAUAUAACUUAAAAAAUUCUAAUUGAAGUAGCUAAAACGAUGAAUAAUAUGACAAAGAAAUAGUUAGAUUCAUCCAUUCGUCUAUCAAAGAAAUAGAUUAUUUAUGCUUUUAUAGUAAGCUUGAUUAUGAAACUAGAAAUAACUAAUUUAAAGUUGUUACAUGGUUGAAUAAAAGAUGAA